AUGUAUCAGAUGUUUGGAAGAACAAAGUCGAGCAAAACGACCGCGAUUGUCGAUUGGCGCCGCGCAUCAGCGGUGGCUCGUAUUGCACGACUCGAGGGAUUGAAAAUUUCUGUGCAAGAACGCUUCAUACACGUGGGUGCUGGAGACGCAUCAAGAGAUGCAGAAUUGGUAUGGAGAGAAAUUGAUACAACGUUCGAAAGCCGCAUAUCAACCGGCGCAGUUAUUAACGUGAACCAUAUCGAACCUCUUCGAUUUCUCCAAGAUGCGAAGAGUACAGUGCUCGAGCACGUGCGAAGUGCUAUGGAAAAGCACGACAAUCUUAAGGUGAACACUGUGUUCAAUGGCGAGUUCACCUCAGGCGACAAUUAUGCAUUCAAAAGCAUUAACACGAGAAACAGUGGACUCUUUUCUGCUUUAGAUUUGGAUAAAUGGUACGAGCAACGCGUCAUCGAGCCUACCUUGGCAUCUUUGGAAGAAUUUCAAGAACGUGAUAGUGGGUGGGCACUGCUACGCAUACUUGAUCUCACAGUCAAUGUGAACAAAUACAAUCCACUGCAUGCAGGGUGCAACAUUGAGCUGCCUCGCGAAAUAAAAUUAAAGAAAGCCGUGAUAAACGUACGAACUAAAGACAACGCAUGUUUUGCAUGGUCCGUGGUCGCGGCAUUAUAUCCAGCUGAAAGAAAUGGAGACCGGGAAUCUUCGUACCCACAUUACACCAAAAUAUUCAAUCUUCAGGAUAUUGAAUUUCCAAUGACGUUUAAACAAAUUACCAAGUUUGAACAGCUAAACAACAUAUCCAUCAACGUAUACACCACUCAAGAUAAAAAGAAGCAAGAAGAAGCAUGUACGAUCGUUCCGAUACGUCUCGCUAGUAAGAAGGAAAAGCAUGUAAAUUUGUUAUAUGUGCAAGAUCCACAAGAGUGCAACAUGGGACAUUUCGUGUGGAUCAAGAAUUUGUCACGUCUUGUGGACAUGCAACUGAGUAAGAAAAAAUGCAAGAAGUAUAUAUGCGAUCGGUAAGGAGAUA